AUGCUACUAUUAGAGAAACUAUUGUUUGAUUGUGGUGUAAACAAUCAGCAAAUACUUGAUUCAUACAAUAUUUUAAAAUCAAAUCAAACAGUUGAAAAUGAAUAUCAAUUUUGGAAGUCAUUAAUUGAUAUACUGCCUUCGGUAAUCUAUCAUUUAAAUUCACUAGAUGAAUCGAUUGACACUGAGAUCUGUGUCGAUAUCAACUACAUCGAUAGAACUCAACUCUACAAACACUUCCUAUCGUUGCUGAUCGAUAGAAUCACCAAUGACAUGAACAGUCCAACCGCUUUUCAAGAUCAAAACACCCAGAGAAACAACUUGCUAUUCAUUCAAUACAUCAUCGACAAACUUUAUAUCCUACCAAGAGAUACCAAUCCUGCUGCUGCUGUUGUCAACACCAAUGUUUAUGUAAAUCCAAAUGCAAAUACCUACCAAAACAACAACCCCUACACAAACAACAACAACAACAACAAUCCAAACACCACUGAAGAUAUUCAACUAUUAAGUGAAUUAGAUAAUAUAUCUUAUAAGUUCAAUGAUAUUAUGAUAUUGAAUAGUUUAAAUAUGUUGUUUAAGAAGUAUCAAUAUAGAAGAGGUGGUGGUGGUUAUCAUGCUAGACAACAAGAGGAUGUGAAAGCACCGACAGAGAUUAGCAAAGUAACAAGUGAAUACAUCCAGUUCAUUAUUAAUUUGUUCAAUCUAGAGUAUCUCGACGAUAAGUACAUACCAAUGAUACUCAACAAUGAGAAUCUAUUGAAGAAGCUCGAUCUCUAUCUCGCCUCGAAACCACACAAGAUCAUCUUGAACGAGUUAAUCGACCUAAGAGAACUUCAAAUGAAAUCAAAGAAUCAAAUCACUCUUAGAAAUUAUAAUUUUAUAAAUAAAUCUAACAAAACACAACUAUUUGUUCGAAUAUACAGAUUGGUGGUGAUGUCAGAUUCAGACGACGGUGUAAAUACAAAGAAAUUUAAAAAGAAUGUUGGAAAGGUGUCUAGUUCACCAUCACCCAUUUCCAAUAGUGAUGAUGUGUUGAAUCAGUAUUUGAAUAUGGAUUCAGUACCUUCAACUACUGCUCCAUCUGAUGUCGAUGAUAGCGGCAAGGUCGAAAUUGAUGGUUCUGAUGUAGAGAAUGAGAAAGAAAAAGAGAAGGAGAAGGAGAAGGAGAAGGAAAAAGAGAAAGAGAAGGAGAAAGAGAAGGUAACAUCGCCAACUACCAAGAGAGCAAAGUCACCACCUAAAGCAGUACCAGAGAAACCUUCAUCACCUUCAACUAAAAAAGCACAGGGAAGACCAAAGAAAGACAGUCAGGAGUCAUCACCAAAAGAUGAAGCAAAGAAACCUGCAAAGAAAGAAACAGAAAAGAAGAAAAAGAAAGAUGAAGAAGAAGAGGAGAAAGAUGAGGAAGAAGAAGAGGAUGAGACAGAAAAGACAACAAAGAAAAAGAAAGUAACAGAGAAGAAGGAUGGUAAGAAAGAGAAGGAACAGGAGAAGAAGGAAAAAGAAAAGGAAAAGGCUACGUCAUCAAAGAAAAAGAAGAAAGAUGAAGAUGAGGAAAUGGAAGAACAAGAUGAGGAGGAAGAGAAACCAAAACCAAAGACAACAACCAAGAAGAAGGUAGCAGCGUCAAGAUCAAAGAAAUCAGAGAAAGAAGCAGACGAUGAUGAGGAUUUCCAAGAUGAAAAGGAGAGUGAGAAGCCAAAGGAAACAAAGAAGAAGACAACAACAUCUCCAAAAUCAAAAAAGUUGGAAAAAGAAAAAGAAAAAGAGGAAGAGGAAGAGAAGGAGGAAGAAGAUACAAAGUCAAAACCAAAAGAAACAAAGAAGAAGACACCAGCUAAAUCAAAUAGUAAAGAGAAGGAAAAAGAAAAAGAGGAAGAAGAGGAAGAGGAGGAAGAAGAUUCGAAAUCAAAGAAAACUACAGCUAAAAAGGCAACAACAACAACAACUCCAAAGAAACAAUCAACAAAUGACAACACAACCGAAGAAAAAGAAACAAAGAAAACACCAAGUAAGAAGAGAUCAGUUGAGAAGGAUGAAGAAGAUCCAGUUACAACAAAGAAACAAAAGUCACCAGAUUCCAAAUCAGUAGCAGCAGCAUCAUCAACAUCCAAAAGUAAAUCUUCACCAAAAGAGAAAGAGAAAGUAAAAGAAAAGGAGAAAGAGAAAUCUGUAAAAGAAAAGAAAGAAACACCAAGCAAGAGUAAGAAAGAGAAGGAAAAGGAAACAAAAUCAAAGUCACCAAAAGAUAAGAAAGAAAAGACAAAGGCAACCAAAUCGAUCAUUGGUGACGACGAUGAAGAUGAAGAGGACAAAAUGGAAGUCGAUGCCAACGAUAAGAUGGAAUCCGAGGAGGACGAUGAUUUUAAAGAAGAGCGACUCGUUUGUAUCUCCGCGGUGGACGACAUCGACGAGAAGAAGGAGUUGGCAGAGUCGAUUGCUCAACUCAAAGGAUCGGAUCUCACCGACAACGUCAAUGAAUUCACUCAUCUCGUACUUGGCAACCAGAACCUGCGUACAAUCAAGUUUUUCUAUGCAAUGGCAUCGGGUCGUUGGAUUCUCACACCUGCUUGGGUCACAGAAUCACGCAAACAGGGCAAAUGGCUAGAUGAGUCACUCUAUGAAUCCACCAAAUACACCGGCAUCAAAGCUUCGCGUUUAGCACAUGAAACAGGUGAGCUACUGCUCAAAGACAAAUCGAUUUUCAUCAAUAGCUUACGUGAGAAAGAAGUCAUGCCAAAGAAAGAUAAAAUUAAAAUCAUUGUAUCUCUAGGUGGAAAGAUUGCUAAAGAUUAUGAGAAAUGUGAUAUUUGUUUAUCAAACUCAAAGUAUACUGCUGGUUCUAAUGACCACCCCAUUGUCACUGACAAAUGGUUACACGACUCUAUAGAACAAUAUAAAUUACAACCUUUUAAAAACUAUCAUCCUUCAAACUAG